CUACGGUGUAUGUUUAAAUUUGAAACUGUAGUCAGCCCAACCUUACAGCAACGAUAUCGGCAGCGUCGCUGCGCAGCUCCGUUCUCCGUGUAUUUUUCUCCGGGCAGCCUGAGUUGUGGUGCAUCCUAUAAGUAGCAUCUACAUAGAAACGGGCCCGGAGCCCGGAAAUGGAACGGGUCGCUGACGUCCCAGCACACGGCGAGUCCAAUCGGGACCCUUCUGACUUUGCUCUUACCAAUAAGAAUCUUGUUUGUUGCUACGUGUGCCGCCUAAUCAAGUCGCGCAACCAGCCCAUGGAGUGUACGACAGUUGCGACGAUCGUACAAGCUUCGGCUGCUUCAGUCAUCAACUUCAUGCGAGCGGUGAUAACAUCGCAGAGCCUUGCGGCCUUGACAGCUGCGGCGCCGCCCCUGGUAGCUAGUACGGCAGCGGCAGCGGCGCCAGCAGCGACGGCGGCGCGGAGAGUCCUAAGCGCCAGCGUGACGAGCGUGCGAGCUUCAUGCGGCGGCGGCGGCGGCGUUGGCGGCGGCGGCGGCCUCCGAGGAUUCUCUGCGUCGAGUGGUGCUACGACCAGUUUAGCGACGGCGGGAGAGGAGCUCGCGCAUACCGAGGCGACGGCGGCGGCGGCGGCGCCGUCACCGCUUCUGCCCAGUGCAUCGCCGCCGUACGUUAGCAACUGCUGCUGGCAUGAGGUUCAAGCAAACCUGGUUCUGGAUCCGGUUUCAACGGAAUGGAAUCUGGUGCUCGCGUUCCAUGACGUCACGUCGUACGUGCAGGCUGAGCUGGAGGUUAGACAGGUCUUAGAUGCUGAGCACCUGCACAGCCCAUGGAGUGUACGACAGUUGCGACGAUCGUACAAGCUUCGGCUGCUUCAGUCAUCAACUUCAUGCGAGCGGUGA